AUGAAGGGCAUUUCACUCCGGUCCAUCAGCAGAACAUCUCUAACUAUGAAGUCCCUACCUUUUCACAAUGUUGAUCUACAGAGAGCUUUAAUUCAAUGCUCCAUCGCCGCUCCUCGUAUAUCCUUCAACACACCUACCGGUAUGGGUGGAAACUUCAGACAACCUCACUCAAGAAAGUAUUGCAGCCCCAGCUAUAUAGCUCCUAAACCAAAAGAAACUCCAAAAACUGGCAAUUCUUUCACGGGCAUUGAUAACUCUAACAUUACCACCCGAAAUCAUGCUUACUACCAAAGAUACAGCAUUUCUGGCUUCUAUCCCAUAGUCUGCAAUCCUCCACCACCAACCAAGGGACUUCCCAAAGAGGACGAACAGGCCAAGAAGACUGGUCCUAAACAAGAAGAAAUCAAGGCCAAGAAGACUGGUCAUGAACAUACUUGUUCUGUCCACUCAUACAGUCAUGCUUACUACCAACAAUUCAGCAUUUCAGGCUUCUAUCGCUUCAAUAAUAGUCCGGCAGAUUCCAAACCCAUCAAGAAACCUUCUACGGUGAAGCCCAAAGAUAAACCCAAAGAUGAACAUGUCUGUUCUAUCAGAACAUGCAAUCACGCCUACUAUAGAACAUUCAGUAUCUCAGGCUUCUACCCUGCCCCAAGUAGUACAUCCGCAAAUCCUGAGUCGAGCAAGCCCACCUGCAUCGCACCCAAGAUCAGUAUGGCCGAAGCUCUCGCUCUUGCUGCGGCUUUUAUCCCAUCUACUUCUUCUCAUCAGAAGAUAAAUGAGAACAUGGAGCAUUUGAACUUAGAGCAUGAUAUUAGCACAUCCGCUCAGACAAUUGAAGAGCUUGGUUUCGAGGCUCUUGGUAUUACUGGAUUCCAGGAUGCACGAGAUGAUAUGGAAGGAGAGAAGGAUAUGAUGGAGGAUGAUGAAAACGACGGGGAAGCUAUGGAGUUUAGAGAGGGAGGCCCUGGUCCUGUUCGUGCUGGUCUUUCUGCAGUCUGGCUUCUCCUCUCCCCGGUUUAA